AUGCCCCAAGACUCACCCUCAUCUAGUCCUCCAGCAUUACUCCCAACUCAUAGGCAUCUCGUCACCAUGAGACGGCCACAGGACCACUUCAUUGGGCGUCACUAUGACGCAGAGCACAGCACCGGGCCUCUCAAGUUCCUGAAUCCCACGAAACGGUACAUGGUGGCAGGAAAGAGGCAAGUUACUGCGCCUGAGGUCGAAAGAGACCAACUACCGCCGAGCGGUCGAGUUCCCAAGGUUGCCUAUGUCUGGAGGAGUCGAGAUAACAGAAAGGGACGACAUGCACUGGCCGUCGAUGUCGAUCCUCACAAACACGAAAAGACCAAGAGCCCGAAGCCGACGAAUACAGUAAACCGGACCAUGAGAGGGAUUGCAAAGAUGUUUUUGAGAUACCCUGUCUGGGAUGUGUCCUAUGAUGUCGCCGUCAUCUUUACCAUAGGUUCAAUCAUCUGGGUCGUCAACGGGUUCUUCUCCUGGCUACCCGUACAAGACCCCUCGACAGAGUUCAAAGGCGAGACCGGCUGGGCAGCUGGGUUGACAGCUCUCGUCGGAGCUACAGUCUUCGAGGUUGGCUCAGUACUUCUCAUGCUCGAAGCCGUCAACGAGAACCGUUCAGACUGUUUUGGCUGGGCAGUCGAGGAGAGUGUGGACGGAGUCCUCCACCUCAAGACUGUCCACGAAUGCAGGCACUCGCAUGCACAGAAGAGAACCUUUGUCGCCGGCAAGUCUAUCAACCAGCAGCAAGUGGACGAGAGUUCGCCAGAAGAUGGCCGUAUGUGGUCUUGGUGGCCGACUUGGUACGAACUGAGGACGCACUAUUUUCGUGAGAUAGGUUUCCUCGCUUGCUCCUCACAAAUGUUUGGUGCCACCAUAUUCUGGAUCUCGGGAUUCACAGCACUGCCACCUAUCCUCAAGAACCUCUCCACGCCGGCUCUCAACGGUGUCUACUGGCUCCCGCAGGUCGUUGGCGGCACGGGAUUUAUCGUCUCGAGCACACUCUUCAUGCUCGAGGUCCAGCCUCGCUGGUAUAUCCCCGCACCAGGCGUCCUCGGAUGGCACAUUGGGCUAUGGAAUCUGAUAGGGGCCAUCGGGUUCACGCUCUGCGGGGCGCUGGGCUUUGGCAUGAACCAGCCAGGAGUUGAGUAUGCGCUGACGUUGUCAACAUUCAUAGGCUCAUGGGCAUUCUUGAUCGGGAGCGCGAUACAGUGGUUUGAGAGUCUCAACAAGUAUCCGAUAUGGGUAGAAGACAAGGUCCGGCGCCUUGAGCGGCAAUCUGACUGA